AUGACCCCGAAAGGUUUCCAAACUUGCGUGGGGGGGCCUGACUUUCUGAAGAACUCGGGCCCCAUCAACCGCUUCUACAAGGAGACCCGCGCAGCGAGGAACGUCGUCGUUGCCAUCAAGUCGCGGCCGUUCGGAAUCAGAGUCAAAGGGCUGUUACUUGAAGCCAUGGUCUGGCGACUGGCAGCGUUUUAUUCCUUCCCGCCUGCUGGCAGAGGCAGCGCAGGACCGGAGGAGCUGAACCGCGAGUCCUUCGCACUUUUUCUCUUGGCAAUGUGGGAGUUACAGCAGUGGAGGACGUCACCUGCUUUUGGAGCUGAACUGGUGCGUGACUUGAACGCUUCGAACCCGCAAAUGGGAAAGCAGCGAUGGAAGAAGUACGUGUCUCAACUAGACGCAGCACGUGAGGAAAUUCGCCAACUGGCAUGGCCUGUGAUGCUUGAUCCGUACCUAGCGCAGCAGACCAAAUGGCGGAGGCGCUUGGAGAAGAAGUUGCCGGGGGUUCGCACCAGGAGUGCAGCAAAGAGCUUGGCCACCCUUGAGGUCCUGGACGUACCACUGCAAGCACGUUUCCAGCUUGGCGCGUUCCUUGAAGCAGCCGACAAAAAGUGCAAGAACUUUGCAGAUGAUGCGUUUUUGGGGUUGAGGGUCUGGAGUGGGGAUUCGUUGCUGGCAGUCGCCAUGUCCCAGCUGCAAACGGGGAUGAGGAAGCUUCAUGUUCCUUGCCGAGCAACUUGCAGGGACUCGGCGUGA